AGCACAGCACCGGUCAGACCAACACCAGCACUGCACGUGAUCAAUAGCAAUAACCUACUUUGUACUGAGACCACAGCCGUAUACAGUGUUGCCUCGACUUGCAUUUUUUUCUCCUGAAGAAACAUUUGCACAGACCUGCAAUAUUUCCCGAGGUCUACAGCUACACAGACGCUUUGAGGAGGCUGCACGUGCCCUUGACGACUGAGGAAGACUAGCAUUAGUAAGCUAAUUAGAGAGCAACAUGUGACAGUCAGAAAAGGACUGAUUGCAAUGAUGUUUCUGAUGACAUCGAGAAGAGUGUGUCCAUAGUAACCGAUACCUGCUGCAACAGAGGCAAACAAACGAUCGCCUUUGCUUCAGUGCCAAGCUCAAAACAUGACAGGAAUGCAACCCGUUUGUGCUGCAUGAGGACCUGGAAAACUGCACAACCUUCGAUUCUAUUUGAGCCUGGCUAAUAUGUAUCGACGAAUGUAUCCAUCCAUGGCCUGCGGAAGAAGAAUCGCUAAGGAUUUAGCAAGCUACAUUGUAGCAGGACGUUAUGUCAGCGCUUGAAACAGCGCAUGGGGGUUUAGGAACGAUUUAACUUCAGAACACCUACCUCGUGUGCUCUUUUCCUAAACAUAGCCUGAUAAGAAAUGCUCAAUUAAACCAGCCACAAUACAGAGAGCCUUGCAAAUAUCGGAUAUUGUAAAUAGCUUAUUGACUUUUAAAUGUAAUCUAACAGCCUACCGACGUUGGAUAAUUGUAUGCCUAAAAUCCAUGUCCAUCUCAGCUGGGCACAAACCUUGAAUGUAAUGUAGACAAACAUUUACCAAAAUGCUACCAGGUUCUAUUCAAAUAACGGGAGAAGCACUGUCGGGAGCUGAGAUCAAGGAUAUUUGUGAAAGCCUGAAAGAUAACAGUGUGAGGCUUCUGUCUAUCAGGGGAUGUCAGCUUUCAGACCGAGACUUCGGACGGGUGUGUCGCGGUGUGACGGAGUCCCACUCACUGACGCAACUCAACCUAAACCUCGGUGUGGUCUCGACCAUCAACCGAACCAAGCAUCUCGCCGAUGCACUCAAGACCAACAGGUCGAUCCAGACCCUUUUUCUCCAUGGAAGCCCCCUCCUCGAUGCAGGAUUGGUCACACUUAACACUGCUCUUUCCACUCACCCUUUACUGGUGUCUCUGGACCUGGGGGACUGUAUGCUGGGGGACGAGGCACUGCGGCUAAUCUGUGGCAUGCUGCCUCCGGAUGGGGCCAAAUCAGGUCUUAGGGAGCUGACUCUGAGUGCAAACCCCAGCAUCACCACAAAGGGCUGGGCCCGCUUGGCCAUCGCUGUGGCCCAUAGCUCCCAGCUCCGAGUCCUCAACCUGGACUACAACCCCCUGGGGGACCAGAUUGCUGGUAUGCUAGCAGUGGCUGUGGCAUCCAGCAGAACUCUGGAGGUGUUAGAUCUGGAGGGAACAGGACUCACAAACCAGUCAGCCCAGGUCUUCCUGGACAUGGUGGAGAACUACCCCACCUGUCUGCGCGUGCUGGUCCUGGCGGAGAACGCCAUCAACCCCGAGCUGCAGCAGCAGAUCUCAGACCUGCUCUCCGAGGGAGAAGAGGAGGACGACAAAGAGGGCGAGGCACGAGGCAGCGCUGCCAUCCCCACCAGGGAGAAAACCACCUGGGUCCCCCACAGCAACUCCCACCCCCAGAUGGUCCUGCUGACGUCAGGUCUAGGUGAGAGCCUACUGGCUGAGACUGAGAUGUGAUUCCACAGCCUUCCUAACUUUUUGGUUUUUACCUCUUUUCUUUUUGCUAGUCUGCACAUAAUUGAGUUUCCAAGAUCACCUAGUAGCGUGCAACCAAUUACACUUUUUGCAUGAUCUGUUGCACUUUUACAUAACAGAAUACGUUUUGGAGCAGGCACAAAACCCUUAACACACACACACACCAAGUGACUUAUAGGCAAUAGUGAAUUAUUUAUUUUAAACAUGCACAGUCUAUUUAUAGUUCCUAUUUAAAGGUUAUGUAACCAAUACAAGUCUGUAUGCUCUGAUAUGAUGGAUCGACUAUAUAGGAUUGUUGUGAUGGUCUGAUGUCAGAAUAAAUCUGUUUACAUCUUCUUAAAAAUGUUUGGAUUCUAGUGUUUCCUGAUUGGA